AUGCCGAGAGAGAGAGGUCUUCAGGGGGAGUGGAGCAGUUCAAAGGGGCAAUGGAACUUCAGGCUGUCCACCUCACACCCUCGUCUGUGCAUCUUCUUUAUCUGUAUUCUCCUUGCUUCUCUGAGACGAGCACUCUUACAUCCUCAGUGUCUAGACUACCAGCCUCCCUUCAAGCCCCCUUAUCACCUGGAGUUCUGCAACUAUUAUGAGAUGUUUGGCUGCUGUGAUCAAAAAACGGACAAUCUCAUAGCGGAGAGGUACUGGGACAUAAUGGACCUGCUCGGUGAUGAGGGAUAUGAACUGUGCGGUGAUUUUGUGAAAGACAUCCUCUGCCAGGAGUGCUCCCCUUAUGCUGCACAUCUGUAUGAUGCUGAAGACCCGUACACUCCAGUGCGCCACCUCCCAGGCCUGUGCUUUAGUUAUUGUAUCAACUUUCAUACUAAAUGCCACUCUGUGGUCAAGUAUUUGUCGGACAGUAAGAUACUGCAGGAGUCGUGUGAGAAAGACCGUUCACAUUUCUGCAACCUGAUCAACUUGCCUGACCAGGACUACUGCUACCCCAAUGUGCUUCAGAACAAUGAUCUGUACAGUAACUUAGGCAAAGUGGUGGAGGACCCCAAAGGUUGCUUGCAGCUGUGUUUGAAGGAGGUGGCCAACGGGCUGAGGAAUCCUGUACUGAUGCUCCACAGCGGUGAUGGCACCCACCGCAUGUUCGUGGCCGAGCAGCUGGGCUUCGUUUGGGUUUUUCUGAGGGAUGGCAGCCGUCUGGAGCAGCCUUUCCUGGACAUUAGUGGUGACGUAUUGACCACACCAUGGCUGGGUGAUGAAAGGGGAUUCCUGGGUCUUGCAUUCCACCCACAAUACAAGCACAAUGGGCGCUUCUUCAUCUACUACUCCAUUCUGGUCAACAGCAAGCUGGAGAAGAUUCGCAUCAGCGAAAUGAAGGUUUCAGCCCAUGACAUGAACGUGGCAGAUCCCUACUCAGAGAGGAUGCUUCUUGAAAUUGAGGAACCCGCUGCAAACCAUAAUGGUGGACAGCUUUUGUUUGGCUUGGAUGGAUAUCUUUAUAUCUUCACUGGAGAUGGUGGAAAAGCAGGCGAUCCAUUUGGAAAGUUUGGAAAUUCCCAAAACAAAUCAGCUUUAUUGGGAAAAGCACUCCGCAUCAAUGUAGAUGGGAGCAGUAAUAAUGGAAAACCCUAUAAGAUUCCUCCAGACAACCCCUUCAUCAAUGAACCAGAUGCCAGGCCUGAGGUCUAUGCUUACGGUGUACGGAACAUGUGGCGCUGCUCAGUGGACAGGGGUGACCCAGUGACCCACUAUGGCAGAGGGAGGAUUUUCUGUGGUGAUGUUGGACAAAAUCGCUAUGAAGAAAUUGAUAUCAUUGUGAAAGGAGGAAACUAUGGCUGGAGGGCUAAGGAGGGCUUUGAGUGCUUUGACAUUAAAUUAUGUCAAAACUCUUCUCUAGAUGAUAUUCUUCCUAUUUAUGCCUAUGGCCACCACAUUGGAAAGUCAGUGACUGGAGGCUACAUUUACAGAGGAUGCGAGUCGCCCAACCUCAAUGGUCUUUACCUCUUUGGAGAUUUUAUGAGCGGACGACUGAUGGCUCUAGAGGAGGAUAGGAAUAGCGAGAGCUGGAAGGAGAAGAAUGUGUGCAUGGGUGACGCUAAGACCUGCUCAUUUCCUGGCCUUAUCAAUCACCAUCACAAGUUUAUCAUCUCAUUUGCAGAAGAUGAAGCAGGUGAACUUUAUUUUCUGGCAACUUCAUACCCAAGCUCAGUAUCCCCCUUCGGAACUGUCUAUAAAUUUGUGGAUCCAUCUAGGAGAGCACCUCCAGGGAAAUGCAAAAGCAAGCCACUUCCUGUGAAAGUGAAAGGAAAGAAAGUGCCAUUCAUACCCCAAGAAUUGACCGUCCUGGACACCAGUGAAAUACCAACAAGACCACCAUUUAAAGUGGUCAUACGUCCCACCAAACCACCACUCACCAGUCCACCUACAGUGGCUACCACAGCUAGGACAAAACAAAAGUCCUUGAAUGGAACAUUUACAACAAAAGCAUCACAAACAAAGAAAAAGAUGACAUUGUUGUAUAAAAUGAAGCCAAAGAGUAAAAAUGGCAGCAAAGAAGCACCAAAGAAAACCACUCCUCAUCAGAAGACCGUAUCACAAACCAAGAACUAUGUUGAAAAGGAUGCAGGAACCCACAACGUUUCUUCAAAAGCCUCAACUAAAGGCCAAAAAAUGAAACCGACAAAACAAGCAAAAGCGAUAAAACCAACAAAAACAGCAACCAACAAAUCAGCUGUCAGGCCACAGAAGACUAAAAAGAUGAUGAAACCUGUGACUUCAAAACCCAAGGUAACAGGACCCAGCAAGGUAGCUACUUGGUCCCGAAAGACAAAAGAGACACUAAAGAAAUCUAUGACUCUUAAACCUAAGCAAAAAAGUCCCAACAAGAAUCAAGCCAACAGCAAAAAGCUGAAAGAACGCUCUCCCAAAAAAGAUGAAAAUGUCUUGGGUGUUGCUGCUGGUUCAACCUGA